ACGUUCAGGACAGGAAUUGCUGACAGUUGCUGGCUAAAAAGCGUGCAUACCGUAGUUACAGUAUUGGUGUAUUUGGAGGAAAAGCGUUAAUUCUGUAGCAUUAUCAGGCCGUUCUUCUGUUGUGAGGUUUCCGGUUCUUCACAGGGGACAGGUGUGAUCCAGGCGAACUGUCUUUUUUCCUCUUCAAAUUAAAGGUCAGGCAAAUACAAUCACAAUCACGCAACUUCACAGGUGGAUAGACGAUGGUGGCGGAGAUGACGAGUUUUGGGUCUUCUGCAUCUUUCGAAGAGAGUGAGAGGGACAUUUCACCGCCAGACCAGAAAGGAAAUGUGAGUGAGAACGAAAGCAGCGGCUCAGACAGCACAGAGACGUCCACGGGGGAGAGCUCAGCGGACGAGGGCUCAGACAGGGAUGCUGCUGCUGCUGCUGAGGAUGAUGAAGAGGAAGAGAAAGACGCCAUUGAGGGAGGAGCUUCUAGGCACGAUCAGGAUCCUGUUCUGGAGCCAAACUCAGAGGAACAGAGUGGGACAGAUGCUGUGAGGAGGGUCUGUUGUGAGAGGUGCCAGCUCAUGCAGUCACAGGACCAGGGCUUCGAACGCGUAAAUCCCAGGAGAAUCUCACGAGGAAGACUACUGGCCUUGCUGGACGCGGAGGGUGUGUAUGAGUGCUCCGUCACUGGACUGGUGUUCGAGGUUACCCAGAAGGCCCAGGUGCGCUACUCCGUUCUCUCCUGGAGUAAGUUUGGGGCCUACCUGCAGGACUCCUGGAAAUUUGCGGGUCCCAUCUUCGACGUGGACUGUGACCCGGCCAUCCUCACUGCCAUCCAGCUCCCCCAUUCGCUGUGCCUGGCAGACCCGGCGGAUGCUGUGAGCUUCAGUGUGCUGCAUGUGAAGGGCGGGCGGGGGCUGGUGGAGGCGGUGUCGGAUCACGGCGGCGGGCGGGUGAAGUGGCGGGUGUCGUCUCUGUCCCCCGUGGGGGCCAUCGUGCAGACCCCGCGGCCGGCGGAGCACCACGGCGUGGUGCUGGUGUUCCGUCAGCUCGCCCAGCGCUCCUCCAACUCCUUCCACGUCUACAUCGCCACCAACAACGAGUCCGACAUCAAGGACAUCAAGAAAGAGGUGCGCAUUGCGAAAAAGCGCUUUGUGAUGUUGGACAAACCCGCCACAUGUCUGCUGCAGGAGGAGAGCAAGUACCAGCUCACCAGCGACCCCGAGGGGGACAUCACGCCUGAGUGUCUGAGGUUCACGCAGGCUGUGCUGAAGAUGAAGAGUUAUUUUGAAGUCUUCUUCGAGCAGCCGCCUCCGUUCAAGCUGUCGCUGGUGGAGGCGGAGUCGGGUCAGACCGUGUGGAGCACCACACUGCGAGAGGGAGACUUUGAGGACAUGAAUGCCAAUGAGAAACCAAAGCGAGGACCUGAAGGUGAGUUUGUGUGGAGGGGAGGAGCCUCUGCCUCUGCCUUCAUUACACUACACUUAUAUACACUGCUUUUAUCCAGAGCAACUUGCAAUUUAUUAGGCUAAGCAGGGGCCAAUCCCCCCUGGAGCAAUGUGGGUUCAAAGGCACUGAACUUAUUGUGGCCUCACUGGGGAA